GUUGGAAAAUAUGCAUACAAAUUUGAAUAUGGUCAAAAUGCUCACUAAUGAUUAUGCACACAGCGUAGGUCGUUUAAAAAAAACAUGUUCGAAAUAAUAUAUACCAUGCAGUUUUGUUUGCAUAUUUUCGACGUUCUUUUUUAUAUGGUUUUUUCGGUUAUUUAAUAUACUAUACUAUGUCGUUUUUUAAAAUAUAUUUUCGGCAUACUAGGGUAUGUCAUAGAUCACUACAUUAACCAAAGGGGUUAAUUUCCCGAUGGACCAUGCGUCAUUAAAAAGCAGAUUUCUGAUUGAAGUUUGGCGUGCGGUUGUCUCCGUACAGAGGCUGGACCUAUCGGGUAGCCCCACUGAGCAGUGUGGCUGGAGCCUCCACUGAGGGGACUGGAACACAGAUUCUGCCCCUCCAAGUGUGUUGGUAAAAUGCAAGACGUGUAAUGAGCAUUGGAAUGUUUUCCCAUACAGUGAAUGCUGACCUAUGCAUAUGGGCAGCUUGGUGCCACAGACGGCGGCAGGAAGCACCGACGGAUUUGAGGUCAACUUGAAAACAUAACGCCACCAGUGUGGGAUGUACCAUGUAUGAUAGCUGGAGAUGAGAAUGAAACCCACCCGCAACCUCUUCCUGGGCCUGUGCUCCAUGCUGGCCCUGGGAUUCCUCUACUACUCAUCUGGGAGGAUAAGUAUGAAAGGCUGGGGCCACAAUUCAUUGUAUGACAAACAAGGGUUCCUGCUGAAGCUGGAUGGCAGUCUGCCGUUGGAUCUGAUAUACAAGUACGGAAAUCUCAGUGAGGGAGCCUGCAGGCCUGGCUAUGCAGCUGCUAAGAUGAGAGCCAUCUAUCCAAGGUUCAACAAACUGGCGCCCAUGUUCAUUGAUCCAAAUUACAAACGAUUCUCGAAGAUUGGUGAUUAUCCGCCUCCAUUCGGUGUAAAGUCACAAGAAAAUAUCAUAGAUAUUCUUCUGUCAGCCACUCAGAACUACGGCCUUGGGGAGGAACUUGACAGUUUGGACUGUAAGACAUGUAUCAUCGUAGGGAACGGAGGAAUCCUCGCCAACAAGUCUCUGGGCCAAAGGAUCGAUGAGUUCGAUGUGGUGGUCAGGUUGAACGAGGCUCCAGUGAAAGGCUUUGAGAAAGAUGUGGGCUCCAAGACCACCAUGAGGAUCACCUACCCAGAGGGGGCCAUCCAGAAGACAGAGCGCUACGAGCCUCAGUCCCUGUUUGUCCUCUCUGCCUUUAAAGCUCUGGACUUCAAGUGGCUGCGACACAUGAUCUUCAACCUGAAGCUGCUCAGCACUGAUGGGUUCUGGAAGUCGGUGGCCAAGAGCGUUCCAAGGGAGCCCAGCGACAUGCGCAUCCUGAACCCCUACUUCAUCCAGGAGGCCUCCUUCAAGCUGAUUGGCUUACCUCACAACAACGGACAGAUGGGUAGAGGGAAUAUACCAACCCUGGGGACAGUUGCCAUAACGAUGGCCCUUCACAACUGUGAUGAGGUAGCCGUGGCUGGAUUUGGCUACAACAUGAGCACCCCCCAUGCCCCUCUGCAUUACUAUGAGAAGAUCAGGAUGUCAGCUAUCAAAGAGUCCUGGACUCACAACAUAUCGAAAGAGAAGGAGUUCCUGCUGAAGCUGGUGAAGGCUGGAGUCAUCCAGGACAGGACCAACGGGAUCUGCGGAGCAGGAUGCUGAUGCAGGAUGCAGCUUUCCUCUACCUGCUCUGUAACCCGAAGAGGAAAGGCGAAGGCUGCGUAGGCCAUAUUCUCAGCAGAGAGUGGCAGCUGUCACACUGUGGUCAGUGCAGAGAGACCAGAACACACUGUCCUGGUGCUGUAUUUAAAUAUUUCAAGCAAUAUGCCUCUGUUUCAAGCUCCUCUUAGCCGCAGGUUAGUGCAUAUUUACUGGAAUGUGGUGCCCUGGCUCAGGUAUAUCUUCAGUUUUGGGGAUCAGCACCUACAUAUGCUGCAGGCUGAGGAGAGCACGAUAGGAUGAACAGAUGUUGGGUUCAAACCAUUGAGCAUGUGCCAAGAAUAACACUACAAGUGUCCUUCUGCUCACAGAUCUGAAUGUAAUUUGCAUUAAACAUAUAGUCGCAUAUUUAUCUUUCGGUUUCCGUCGAUUCAACCGUCCUGGACCAUGUGUCAGGGCGACGCGGCGAUCAUUUCAUUGAGUCGCUCAGAUUUAGCAUGAGGCUAAUGAGCUGCCUUGGCACGAACAUCACACACAUUCCCUCCACAGACGCUGAUGAGUCACGUGAUGUUUGUUAUUUAGCAACAUACUACACUCCCUUCAGACUGACCCUGACAUUAAGCUACCAUUUCUGAAGAGGGAAAUUCACUUGUGAAUGUAAACAAAUGGCAAUCGACCUAAACUAAUAUUUAUAAUAUAAUGCAUAUCAUGUGUUACUGAUUCAUCCUUUUAAACACUAUCGUUCUAAAGUGUGCAAUCAGCUGUUGGGUUGUUUUCCUUUUUAUAUCAAUAAUGGCUACUGUAACAGAGAUAUAAACACAAUCAAUCAGGCACCAAACAUAUUGAAGCUGUUUUGAAAAAAUUUUAGAGAUUCAUGAUUCACUCCUCCAUGAUUUACUCCUCCAUGAUUUACUCCUCCAUGAUUCACUCCUACAGUGUUAGAAUGAGUUGUUCCAUUCCAGAAAAGUGUCCCUAGAUCACUGUUGAAGCAGAUCAUAGCAAAUUGGCUCCAAACGUUUUGGGAACCCGUUUAUCUUCGGGCUCUCUGCAGUCCUCUCGGCCUUCAAACUGUAUCCUAUCCAGCGGAGAAGGACAUUCAAAAUGUUUAACUUUUUGUUCCUUCUGUCAGUUAUCCAAAUAGUGCCUCGUGCAGUAACAUUCACUUCAAUACUAUAUUUAAGAAAUUAGGACAACAUCAGAUGCACCAAACAUUUCUUGAUCGUCAAUAUAAUAACAAUUUUGAUCUCCAUACUAUUAUAUGACAUCUCCUGUGUUUUUUUUAUGUUCCUCUCAUUUAAACAGGUUUUCCUGCAUUGGUCAACCAAAAGCAAACUGAAAACCAAAUGUAUUUUUAAUUUCUUAUUGUGCUUUGCACCACUGAAAAAAUGUUCUCUAACAUUCAUGAAUCAACCUUUUAAUCUUACUUAAACCAUAAAUAAGUUGGUGAAACACUAUAGAAUGUCAGCAGGAGAACAAGAGCCUACAAUACUGCAGCCCUUUACUUGUUCCAUUUUAGACCUUUUUGAUAAGAAUUGGUUAUUGUUAUUGAGUGAACAAAAUGUGAUGUUUCUUUUUUUUAUCGACUAGUUGACUGCUUUUUGGAAGAGGAUGAUGACGAGUGAAAUGCGGCCGUCAUGAAGGCCAGACAAUUUAGUACAAAAAGUUAUAAUCUCGAAGAUCUCCAAUGUGUGUUUUUGGGUGAUAAGCCAUAAUUGCAGAGGUUUGAUCCAAACUGUAUGACUACUGAUUUUCCAUAUGAAUGUCUUCAUAGACACCCAGUGCUUAGUAUUUGAAAUGAAAGGGCAUUCUUUAGUGAGCUAUAGGCCCCACCAGUGUUUCAAUCAUUUGACUAAAGAAAGUGAUUUUAUACACGUCGGUUUGAAUAGAAAUAUUCCAGGCUAUAACUUUAAAUGAAACAGUACAGGCUCUGGGUUUUCUUUCCUACAUAUUUUUUACAAUUGACAUGACAAAACAGGUUAUGACCAAAAGCAAAUGUUUAAUGGGGAAGGAAAUGUUUUAAUGCGUGUUAGUACUCAAGGGUAAACAUUGAGUUUGAGUAAAAACACAUUUAAACUGAUAUUUUGUUUGUUAUUAAAAAAUACAAAUGCUUAUCCUUUAAUUGUUGACAUUCACAGAACAGUGUCCAACUUUGAGUGUAAUCAUUUGCUGCUGUUAUGUGAAAAAAUGUUGAUUUUUAAACACUGAUUAUAGUUGAUAGACAGGAGGGGUUAUGGUGAUGCUGGCUGUGAAAUCAAAUGACCCCUUCUCCUUCUUCUAAGAUGUUGUUUAUAGCCCUCACUCACUUCACUGAGCCCUGCCCUGGGCUGCUGUCUCAGGCCCCAGCAUCAGUCGCCAUCAGUGUCACUAUCAUCAAUGAUAUUAAUGAUCAAUCUCUCUCGUGUAUUCACUGAGAUUACUGUAUUGUGCUGUCUGUUGCUUUAUUCACUCUGGCCUGCGUACUCACCUAAGGUUGUUAUAUGGACUUCAUGCUGGUCAGAGGCUCAAGCCAAAGUAUUCAUAUAUUUAUUGAAAGCUGUGCAGAAAAAUCACAAAAUCAUGUAAAAUAAUAAAGAUAUAAGUAUGCUGUA